AUGGUUGUGAAAGAAACCGACGAAACAUCUAAUAAUGAUAACAACAAUACAAACACAUUGGAAAAUAAUGAGAUCAAAGAGCCUAAAAGGACACCGGUAUCGUUUCUAUCGCUGUUUGGUUACGCGUCCGGUGCGGACAAACUGCUAAUACUGAUCGGAUCGGUGUUCGCCAUAGUUAUAGGGGCCGGACUGCCGGCCAUUAUGAUCUUCAUGGGUGAGCUGUCGGCCACAUUCAUUGAGUACGAAAUGCUGAACCAAUUGUCCAAAUGGCCGACCGCUGGCGACUACUACUCCAAGACACUGACCAACAUUGCCGACAAACAAGUGUUUUUGGACACAAUGUUGCGCGACUUACCAGACUUUCAUCUCGAUGUGAUUAAGAUUAAGCUCAAAGUGGACAAUCAAACCUAUGUGGAUUUAUUGAACAAGACAGUUUUCCAUGGUGACAAAGGUUUUGAGACCAAGUUCCUGCACGAUAGCGACCAAUAUAAUUAUUUAAUGUUUGGUGUGGCCGUGGCUUUCCUAUUGUGCGGCUACGCUAUGGUUACCACGUUUAGUAUUGCGGCCAAUAAUCAAAUCCAACGCAUACGUGUGCUAUUCUUCCAGGCCAUACUCAGACAGGACAUCACGUGGUUUGAUACUAAAACUAGUGGUGAUUUUGCCACCAAAGUGACCGCAGAUCUAAAUAAACUACAAGAAGGCAUCGGCGAUAAGGUGUCAUUAUGUAUAUUCUCGUUCUCGACGGUGUUGUGCUCGUUGGGCACAGCCCUGUACUACGGCUGGGAGCUAACCUUGGUCAUACUGUCCAUCACACCCGUGCUGAUCAUCGCGUUCGCCAUAAUUGCCAAGGUAAAAAAAGCAAACCAACCUAAACCUCACCUAACAUUACCCCGAUCACAAUCACACCCACCAUAUCACGCCUACCCCUACCAGAUUCAGGCCAAAUACUCGACCAGCGAAGCGGACUCGUACGGCAAGGCCGGGGCGGUGGCCGAGGAGGUGUUGGGCGCCGUGCGGACAGUGUACGCGUUUGACGGCCAACGGCGUGAGAUAGAC